GUCGGUUAUAACGUCGUCGUUUUCUACGUCGUCUUCAUCGUUUUUUCUAAAUUUCACAUUUCCAUCGCUUAGACAACCAGGCACGGCAACUGAAAAUCACACAUUUCGAUUUUUUACAAAUUUUUGACUUUUCACGGCUUUGACUCGCCUCUCUGAACCUCUGGAUCUCACACACCAAAAAUUCCAUUCCAAUCGUCCCCUAGUACAGGCCAUAGCUACAGCUUACUAAGGCUCUGUGGUUUUUUUUUCUUUUUCUUUUUCUUUUCCUUUAUAUAUAAAAUAUAUAUAUAUAUAUAUAUAUAUAUUUUUAAAUGAAAAGCCGGGCAUCGCAGAACCGGCUAUCUGGUUCGGGUUUUGCGUCUCGAAUUUCAGCUCUUUUGCUCGCAAUGUUUGCUACCAUGGCUGUGGUUUAUGUUGCCGGCCGUCUAUGGCAGGAUGCUGAGGAAAGGGUUUAUUUGAUUCAAGAGCUUGAUAAAAGAACUGGUCAGGGUCAAUCUGCCAUAUCAGUUGAGGAUACACUGAAAAUUAUAGCCUGCAGGGAACAGCAGAAGAAGUUGUCAGUCCUUGAAAUGAAGAUGGCUGCAGCAAGACAGGAAGGUUUUAUUCCGAAGCGCUUAUCAAAAGAUGAGAGCCGCUCUAAGAAAAAGCUAAUAGCUGUGAUAGGAAUUAUUACAACAUUUGGCCACAAGAAAAAUAGAGAUGCAAUUCGAAAGGCGUGGAUGCCAACAGCGUUAAAGAAAUUGGCAGAUGAAAAGGGCAUCAUUGUGCGAUUUGUUAUUGGGAGAAGUUCAAAUCCUGGAGACAGUUUGGACAGGGAGAUCGACGAUGAAAACAGGCAAACUAAUGACUUCAUUAUUCUUGAUGGUCAAGUGGAAGCACCUGAAGAACGUCCAAAGAAGACAAAAGCAUUCCUCGUUCAUGCUGUAGAGAACUGGGAUGCUGAGUUUUAUGCUAAGGUCAAUGAUGAUAUUUAUGUUAAUAUUGAUGCCCUGGGAGCAACACUAACUGCUCAUUUGGAUAAGGCUCAUGUAUAUAUUGGUUGUAUGAAAUCAGGAGAAGUUUUCUCAGAGCCGACCAAUAAAUGGUAUGAACCAGACUGGUGGAAAUUCGGUGAUGGAAAAUCGUAUUUCAGACACGCUUCUGGUGAGAUUUAUGCCAUUUCUAAAGCUCUGGCUCAAUAUAUAUCAAUAAACAGGUCUUUUCUUCGUACAUAUGCUCAUGAUGAUGUUAGUGCUGGAUCGUGGUUUAUUGGGCUCGAUGUCAAGCACAUUGAUGAACACAGGUUCUGCUGCUCAUCGUGGUCGCCAGGAGCAAUAUGUGCUGCAGUGUGAUGCCUAUGUAAUUGUCUAACAGCAACCAUCUAUGAGAUUGGUACAUAGAAAGCAAAAACCCUUCUUAUGAAUGGAAAAAUGAGAUUCCUCUUCAAGUGGAUGAAGUUUUUAAGAAUUUUAUGGAGCUGAAAAGUUGAAUUGGAGCAGUCGUUGGAUUUGUUGAUUUUGGGAGGUUUUGUGGACUCAGAAUUCUUUGAGAAGCACCUGAUUCAGAGAGCUUGCGUCACAUCCUCUGGUUUCUGAAGUGAAGAGUAUAACAUACUGGGAUUUUCUUCCCAUUUUGUAUGAUGUUUAUUAUAAUCACCACUCCUUUCUAAUUCAUUCUUAAAAUCAUCUCAUUCAUUGUAAUUAUCCUCACAGCGCCCCCCCGAGGAUAUUAGAGAUUAUAACUCAUUUUCGCUGACAGAAACAUUAAUAUAUAUAUAUAUAUAUAUCAUUUUGAGGAUUA